AUGGUUCUUUUAGCCAUAAAUCUCGAUAUGUUUGGGCAUGAAUCGGUGGGCCAACUAUGGGCCAGACCGAUUGUGGAUUGGAUUGAGUAUGUGCGGACCGAGCUCUGA